AUGGCCCCAGAGAUCAUAGACCAGGGGCCUCGGGGUUAUGGGAAACCGGCCGACAUCUGGUCUCUCGGCUGCACCAUCAUCGAGAUGGCGACCGGCAAGACCCCGUUUCACGAGCUCGGGAGUCCACAGGCCGCCAUGUUUAAGGUAAAGGAGGGUCCACAGGCCGCCAUGUUUAAGGUAAAGAAGAGUCCACAGGCCGCCAUGUUUAAGGUAAAGAAGAGUCCACAGGCCGCCAUGUUUAAGGUAAAGGAGAGUCCACAGGCCGCCAUGUUUAAGGUAAAGGAGAGUCCACAGGCCGCCAUGUUUAAGGUAAAGGAGAGACCACAGGCCGCCAUGUUUAAGGUAAAGAAGAGUCCACAGGCCGCCAUGUUUAAGGUAAAGGAGGCCGCCAUGUUUAAGGUAAAGGAGAGACCACAGGCCGCCAUGUUUAAGGUAAAGGAGAGUCCACAGGCCGCCAUGUUUAAGGUAAAGAAGAGACCACAGGCCGCCAUGUUUAAGGUAAAGGAGAGACCACAGGCCGCCAUGUUUAAGGUAAAGGAGGCCGCCAUGUUUAAGGUAAAGGAGAGACCACAGGCCGCCAUGUUUAAGGUAAAGAAGAGUCCACAGGCCGCCAUGUUUAAGGUAAAGGAGAGUCCACAGGCCGCCAUGUUUAAGGUAAAGGAGAGUCCACAGGCCGCCAUGUUUAAGGUAAAGGAGAGUCCACAGGCCGCCAUGUUUAAGGUAAAGGAGAGACCACAGGCCGCCAUGUUUAAGGUAAAGGAGAGACCACAGGCCGCCAUGUUUAAGGUAAAGGAGAGUCCACAGGCCGCCAUGUUUAAGGUAAAGGAGAGACCACAGGCCGCCAUGUUUAAGGUAAAGGAGGCCGCCAUGUUUAAGGUAAAGGAGAGACCACAGGCCGCCAUGUUUAAGGUAAAGGAGAGUCCACAGGCCGCCAUGUUUAAGGUAAAGGAGAGACCACAGGCCGCCAUGUUUAAGGUAAAGGAGAGACCACAGGCCGCCAUGUUUAAGGUAAAGGAGGCCGCCAUGUUUAAGGUAAAGGAGAGACCACAGGCCGCCAUGUUUAAGGUAAAGGAGAGACCACAGGCCGCCAUGUUUAAGGUAAAGGAGAGACCACAGGCCGCCAUGUUUAAGGUAAAGGAGAGUCCACAGGCCGCCAUGUUUAAGGUAAAGAAGGGACCACAGGCCGCCAUGUUUAAGGUAAAGGAGAGACCACAGGCCGCCAUGUUUAAGGUAAAAGAGUCCAAGCGCAUAAGUAAGAGUCCACAGGCCGCCAUGUUUAAGGUAAAGGAGAGUCCACAGGCCGCCAUGUUUAAGGUAAAGGAGAGUCCACAGGCCGCCAUGUUUAAGGUAAAGGAGAGUCCACAGGCCGCCAUGUUUAAGGUAAAGGAGAGUCCACAGGCCGCCAUGUUUAAGGUAAAGGAGGCCGCCAUGUUUAAGGUAAAGAAGAGUCCACAGGCCGCCAUGUUUAAGGUAAAGGAGGCCGCCAUGUUUAAGGUAAAGGAGAGUCCACAGGCCGCCAUGUUUAAGGUAAAGGAGAGUCCACAGGCCGCCAUGUUUUAA